AUGAAUAAACGAAAAUUUGAAUAUAAAUCUAAUAACGAAAAAAAAAUCAAAACUGAUAAUGUAAACUUAACAGAAGAACAAAAGAAAGUGGUUGAUAUAGUUUUAAAAGGUGAAUCGAUUUUUUACACAGGUUCUGCUGGAGUUGGAAAGAGUUAUUUGUUAAGAUAUCUUAUUAAAGAAUUAAAAUUAAAAUAUCGAGAAAAAUAUAAUGUUGCGGUAACAGCCAGUACUUCGAUUGCGGCGUUAAAUAUCAAUGGUGUGUUGAUUAUUGAUGAGAUAUCAAUGUUAAGUUGUGAUGCGUUUGAAUUGAUAAAUGAAAUCUUACAAGAAAUUCGUAGAAAUCAGAAUCCGUUUGGAGGUGUGCAGUUAAUUGUAACAGGUGAUUUUUUUCAAUUACCGCCUAUUCCAAAUAAAGGAGAUAAGAGAAAACCUUAUGAUUUGCAUUUAAAGAACGAUCAUGAAGUUAUUGAAAAUAAUGAUAUUAAAUACGAACCAAUGAUUUUAUUUUCUGAUAAGAAUUCUGCAAAAUUUCAUAAUUAUAACAAAUUACAUUCUUUAAAAGGAAAAAGAAUUUUAGAAUUUUAUUCAAAUGAUUGGA